AUGGUAGAAGUUGUAAUGAUUGACCAAUCUAACCUAAUGCCAUCAGUCGAUAAUACUGUAAUCCAGGUUUCGGAGAACACGGAGGAGAUCAGAAACAGAUCCUAUAAAAAAAUACAUGUAAAUAAAGACAAAGAAUCGUCGGUAGAGAAGGCUAAUGACGACGACGUUCAUCUUCCCGUAACAGAGAUACAUUUGAAAUCACACGAAUGGUUUGGUGACUUUGUAACGAAGCAUGAAAUCCCGAGAAAAGUCUUCCACUCAUCAAUCGGAUUCAUAACGCUUUAUCUUUACACCCAAGGUAUAGAUUAUAAGAAAGUUGCACUUCCGUUAAUUAUUGCCUUUACUAUAAUAUUUAUAUUGGACGUUAUAAGACUGCAUUGGCCAUACUUUAAUAAGCUAUACUGUGCGACAGUAGGGGCCUUGAUGAGGAAAAAGGAAAUACAUACUUAUAAUGGGGUGUUGUGGUAUAUUUUAGGUCUAAUAUUUUCCUUCAGCUUCUUUUCAAAAGAUGUAGCAUUAAUUUCGCUAUUUCUUUUAAGUUGGUCAGAUACAGCUGCUUCCACGUUUGGCAGGAAAUAUGGAUAUUUAACACCCAAACUGGCAAGAAACAAAUCAUUAGCUGGCUCGAUUGCAGCAUUUAUUGUUGGAUUCUUAACAUGUUUAACAUUCUACGGAUUUUUUGUCCCUCACUUUUCCUACGUCAAUAAACCAGGUGAAAUCUUAUGGAGUUCUGAUUCGAGUAGGCUAAGUUUGCACACAUUAUGUUGGUUAGGAGGAUUGGUUGGGGCUUUAAGUGAAGGUAUUGAUAUAUUUAACUGGGAUGAUAAUUUUACUAUUCCUGUUCUAUCGUCCAUCUUUUUGACAUCAGUGAUUCAUAUAUUCAAGAAAUGA